CCCGCAUGUCGAUGUCGGGCUGUGUGAGCCGAAGUGCUGGAGAGGUCGUACAGUAAUUCGAGAGAAAGACUGGCUGCAGUGACUGCAUGACACGCCUGCGACGCGGACACGGCUCCUCGGCCCCCAUGAUCCUCGCGCAUCCCCUCCGCUCACUAAUCCGCCCUCCCGUCCUCGCCCGCCCGUUCUCCGCCACCCUCGCUGCCAGGAUGAAGGUCAUCCCGUCCCCGUGCGCGACGACAACUACGCGUACCUCCUUGUCGACACCGCCACCAGCAAGGCCGCGCGGUCGAUCCGUACGACGUCCCAAGGUCCAGGCCGCCGCGGAGGAGGCUGGUGUCCAGAUCGUGCCAACAUACCACCCACAUCAUUACGACCACAGCGGUGGGAACAAGGCGUCCGCAUUUCCCGAUGCGCCCGUCUACGGCGGUAGCAACCAGAUCCCCGCCCUGACGCAGCUCGUCAAGGACAAGGACGUGUUCAAGGUCGGCGAAGGGAUCAGCGUCCGGAUCGAUCUGCUACUAUGUACCUCGUCCUCGUCCUCCCACCCCGGCGGCGUGUUCACGGGCGACACGCUCUUCGUCGCGGGGUGCGGCCGCUUCUUCGAGGGCACCGGUGAGGAGAUGGACCGCGCGCUGACCUACCUCGGCACGCUCCCUGACCAGACGGUCGUCUACAACGGGCACGAGUACACCUCGGGCAACGUCGCCUUCGCGAAGUCGGUCGACGGGGACAACGCCGCGCUCAAGCGGCUCGCGCAGAUUGUGGAGGAGAAUAAGAUCGUGACCGGCCUGACCACCAUCGGCGACGAGAAGGAAUGGAACCCGUUCAUGCGUCUGCAGAGCGCACCGGUCCAGUGAGAGCGCACCGGGAAGUCGGUAACAGCGCCAUCAUGGACGAGCUCAGGAACAUGAAGAACAGCUUCCGUGGAUGAGUGCGACACAAGGACCCCGCUCAGCCAGGCACGCACAUGUAUGUUAUAGAUCUAAGCAGGAGAGGACAUCGUGGAAGCUUUCGAUCUUCACUGUACUUGUAUCUGACGACAAUCCCAACUUCAAGUGUACAAGUAUGCAAUGUAGGGUGAUUCGUUGUGGAUUCGGUGCACUAAGCCCGACUGACUUAUAACCCCUGUCUGCGAGACCGAACAAGCGCCCAUAGACCCUACAAAUAGCAAGCGUACUUUUCCAUAGUA